AAUACAAAAGUAGCUAGAAGAAACCAAAGACACAGACAAAGGAAAAUGUAAAAGUCAGAAACUUUGCUUCUAGCCCGCGAAUGAUCAAACAAAGCAUACAGACAAGGGAAGAUCGGUAUCACAGUCCAGUGUAGGUAAUACCAGAAGCCGUAGAGCAGUGGCACAGCAGGGCAGCAGAAGUGUCAGAGCAUUGGAGUGGCGACGGAGAUCCCGGGCGCCCCCCUGCAGGCAGCGGUGGACAGGUGUGAGAUGUAGGUAGAGCAACAGACUCGUGGGAUGACCAGGUAUAACAGUUCCAGGGCACGGUUGCCUGCAGCUGAAUGAAGUAGUGCACAGUGCAUAUUGGUUACCUUAUUAAUUGAAGGCAACCAGGAGUCCAGUCAGUUUGCCAAAACCAAACCUUAGUUGCAGCCAGUGCACCCACCCCCAUCAGCACGGAAUAUCCCACCAGAAACACAUCGCUUUAAGGGGCCCUAUUUUGCUGCCUAAUGCCAGGCAAAAUCCAGCACUGCUCUAAAUGCGAAUCAAUUCGGAAUUAUUUUAAGUGGCUGCAGUCUUUUUUUUAAUUAAAGACAACAAAUACUUGCAGAAGUCCAUGAGCUGAGCGACUACUAAUGACAGCAAAGGAAAACGGCACCGUCUUUGUCUUUAGCAUCUUACGAUUGUAGAGAAAGGGAGGUGUCAAAACCAUCAUCACCACUACUUUUAUAUUUCUUAAAGACUAAAAGGUGUUUGCGUGACAAAUCAAACACAAACGAUCAGCAUUCAGAAGUGCCAAACAAUCUUUGGGUUCCAAAAAUCUGUUUACUGUUCAUUACAAGCUGAACUAAGUACCGAGAAAACGAAGGAUUUAAUUACUGUUUUUUAAGAGUUGCACUAAACAUUUUAAAUUUCGUCAAUUUCUCUGCCUGGAACAAGUUACAGUAUGUAUAUGUUCUCAUUCCUGUUUCUCUCCUCCCUGGUCUCAAACCUGAGUCAGGUGCACUGCUGCCAGUUGCCCCAUGACUGGAGACCCCAAAGUGAGAGCUGUAGAGCUGAGCUGGCUGAGAUAAUUGUCUUUGCCAAAGUGCUUGCCCUACACAAAGAUACAUACAGUGUCUACAACUACCUACCUUGGCAACAUCACCCUGGGGGAGACCUUUUCUACUCAGCUGAGAUUGAAAUGCUCUGUGACCAAGCAUGGGGUAGUAUGCUGGAGUUGCCCACAGGUUCAAGAUUUAAUGUUUCUGGCCUUGGCUACUUCCCCUGCUAUUCCUACAGUGUCGUUGAAAAUAACAACUACUUCUUUUUCUUAAGGAUGGAUGAAAAUUAUAACAUUCUCCCUCAUGGCAUCAACUUCCAGGAUCCAAUCUUCCCAGACACUCCAGAAAACUGGCGCAUGUUCUCAAGUCUCUUCCAGUUUUCCAACUGUUCAUCUGACACCUUGAUACAUACCUACACUCCUGAGUGGGAGGCACAGGAAGACACCAGGCUCAUGUGUUCUGCGGUACAAAAGGCUCUGCUGGAAGAGGAAGACCAUGUGAAAAAACUCAGCCAGCAAGUACGCACCUUGGAAAAGGCUAACCACCACCUGCGGGAAAAAGUCAAAGCUCUGAAACGAUCGAUACAGCAAGUGAAAAAGGAAAGUGCACAUGAAGCAGCUCUUCUCAGACAGCAACUAGAGAGAGAGAAAAGUUCCCCCCAAAAGCCAGGAAGACCCAAGCCAGGUGUACAAAACAAGGUUGUCCUGAAGAAACCUCAAGAGACUGCUGUUGGUAAUAAACUGACUUAAAACUAUUAAUGACAGAAAUGACAACAGACAAUGAAAACAAACAGUGCAAUCAAUAGACUGUGACACAAUCGCAUAUGUAUGUAACUCACAGUCUCUGCCGUAGGUCGGCUAAAUGGUGCCUCCAGGGUUUAAAUAUUGACCGCAGUCUCCUGCUACUUAUUUCACAUUUGUCUGCUUAAAAAUUACUUUCAGAAUAUGCAUGGCUGUAUCUAUUACUAUGGCAUAAAAUUACUUGCAUGGAAUUUUAACAGAAACACUGAGAGCCAGCCUCAUUUCAGGAGAACUACACCCCAGUUCAGAAAAACUGCAUUUGGCUAUCUUGCCUUCUGUCCUGUUUCCAUGCACCUUUCUUGUUUUAGAUAUGUAUCCUCACAUACUCCCAGAAUAUAUACAUGUUUGUUAUAUACUCAGGCUGUACCUGCAAUUGGUCUGUUUUGGUCAGUAUUAGCAAAGAAACAUAUUGUUGAUUUACAUUGCAUUAUUUCCAACAGAUGGGAUACAUGAUCGCUCAGACUGUAUUGUAUCUCAUUUUCAGUAAAGUAAAGAACAUGUGCUCAUUUACAGGUACAGCCUGGGAGCACAGGGCAAUGUCAGUGAGUCAUAUACUACAAUAUAAUAAUGUAUGUAUCAGAAACAAAUCAGAAUACAUUAGCCUCACUUCAACAGAUAGGCCACAUCACAUUCUCUAGCUCCUAAUGUUACAGCGAAAAUAGUUAUAUGCUAUGUUUAUUAGCUGUCCAGAAGAAAUCACAAUUUAGCAGUUGGUCUUGUGAUGUGUUCAGUAUCCUGCUUUUCAGAUGAACCCAGAGUGGCUUUGGUAUUAGAUUUCACCUGCUGAGAAAAUACCCCCCCCCUCCCCAUUGCCAUCCUGUAUGUCAUACCUUUGUUGCCUGCCUGAAUUUCAAAACCCCAAAACAUAAAACUGUGAAUGCAGAGGAGUGUAAAUACAGAACUACAAAAUGGAAAUUUUUGAAUAACCCUGAAUAUGAGAAAUAACUUUUCCCAGGUAAAAAUAUGAAAUAAGAACACAGAGAUUAUAUUAUGCAAGGGGGGUGGCAAUCCCAUUGAUGGGGAUUAUGCUCUCAAACCUCCCUUGCCUUUUUAUUUCUCCAUGAAAUAUCACUGUUUAGAGGAAAGGAAAGGGAAUACAAGUUUUUUUUUUUUUUACAAUGAAAUGCAAUGUUUUCCAAAUGUCGUGUAACCCUGGAGUGGGAGCAAAUUAGCAGUGAGAUGUAAGGGGUAUGGAUUUGCAUACAGGGAGGAGAGAGUAGCUCGGCCUCUUCAGAAAUUACCCUCUGUUGCAGUCUUUUCCCCCUACUUUGUUCAGUUAUGCAGAUUUAAUGUACACCCGACAUAUAGGUUUGAUGAUGCCCAGCUGAGAGACAGGGUCAUUAAGGAUUUUUAUAAUACUGGCUUUUCUGCGGUUAGCCUUCUGUAUUCAUUAUUUUUUGGUUCAUGGUUUUAAAGGUGAGGCUUACGAAGCAGAACCACAUUUGCUUAAUGGGAUAUUUUAAGAAGCUGUCUGUGAACACAGUAGAAAUUUGAUGAUAAAUAACUGAGAAAGUGACUCAGCUUAAAACAGGUUUGAAAUGACUAUUGUUAAUUCUACAGAAGAUCAGGUGCUCUGAAGAAUGACCAUAAUAUUGUCACACUUGAUGGCUCAGGGUGUUGUUGCCAAGUUUAACAACUGACAUUCAAUGGCUUUAGGCAAAGUGUUUGUAAUAGGAUACCACUGGUUCAGUGCAGUUCAGAAAAAAAAGACCGCAGUUCACUACAGUUUAACUCAA